AUGGCAGCAACGCCCGACUCCUUAGGCCUAUCCUCGGAAGAGGAUCCACUGGACUCCCCAGACGCCAUCCCAGAGGCUGACGACCCAUUCUCGGCCAUACAAUUAGGUGACCUGGGGGCUCCUGCAACAAAACGAGACAUCCUGGGCCUUCUUAAACACCUGCGCACAUGGUUCCGCACGGAUAUAGCGAUGCUCCGGGAGGAGGUUACCGCCAUAACGGACAGGGUGAAGGCCACAGAGGAGGACAUCUCCUGCACAGCACAAUGCCAGUCAGGCGCCACGGAACGCAUUUAG